CUUGGAUAUUGUUGUUCCUGUUUAUUCUGGAGCUUCUUCAACGUCAUUGUUUUGUGGUGCGUUGUCUUUGAGAGGAAAUGAUGCUUCAAAAGAUCAGGCACCUUUGAAUAACUUUUUCUUUAGAUUACCAAAAUAUCUGGACCCUAAUUUGGAUAUCCUUGAAAAAUUGCCUUCUAUUGAUGUUUCUUUCGAAUCUGAUAUGAAUCAACCUUGGAAUACUGCACCUUACUUUUUGGAUAUUCCACCAUCACCAUUGGAUCUCAAAAACGAUGAAGACUCCAUUUUAAUAUUCGGAGGCUUAGAUAUAAAGAAAAAUGUUAAUAACUGGCUGGAAGCUUCAAUUUUAGGUUGCUCAAUAUUUCAAUACUUUCUUGAUUCUGGAGACUUUUACUACUGGGGAUCUAUGUUAGAACCUAAAUGCUACCAUGCAGUUAGUGUGGUUGGCUUGUAUGCAUAUAUUAGUGGAGGAUAUUCGCACAUCAAGUGUCAGAAUGGAGAAAUGAAGCCCAUCUCUUCCACUGACAGAUUAAAUCUGAAAACUAAGGAAUGGAAAAAGUGUUCAAGCAUGAAUGUUGCUCGUGCAGCUCAUGCUAUGGUUGUAUUUGAAAACUGUUUAUAUGUUUUUGGAGGUCGAGGACUAUAUGGAAGAACAAUAUCUUCAGUUGAAGUUUAUGAUCCCAGAGAAGAUAUUUGGUUAAAGAUUUGCGAACUUCCUUUUCCUGCCAUGGGUUUAUCAGCAAUUCCAUUCUCUGAUGUAAUAUGGAUAAUUGGUGGUAUCACUACACAUGAUAUGAAAAAUAAAAAAGACUCCGUUCUGUCAUAUGUCUACCAAUUUUCACCAUCCACUAAAAGUUGGACUGUCAUGAAAUCACUGCCUGAACCACGAGGAUAUGCUAUGUGCACUUAUGCUUUUGGUGGUGUCUGGGUGUUUGGGGGUUGCCAUCUUUUGAAGGAAGAUGACGAUACUAUGAGCAGUUGCUCUUCUGUUUUUUAUUUGCCUUUACAUACUAAGCUUUCAAACUGGCAAACAAUGUCAUCCCUUUCAUAUUCAAGACAUGCCUUUUCUGCUUCAUUAUCAGGCAGAAAUUUAUAUGUUUUUGGUGGUAUUGAGUCAUCAAAAAGUAGUACAAGUGACAAAGUGGAAAUUUAUGACCUUAAACAAUAUUACUCUAAGGAAUAUGCAGUAUUACCAGCCUGCAUUGGAGGCAGUAACUGUGUUUAUCUAAAUCCGCAACAUUCAAGAUUUGUACCAGAAAAGAAAGGAAUAUAAACCUCCUACCUUUCCACUUUCCUUACCAACUGUAACUUCUAAGACCAUUCUAACUUCACCUGUUAUUUUGAUACUGGGAGGGGAGAGUAGAAAUAAAUCGACCAAUGAUUUUCUUGCCCCAGGAAAAUGUAUGGGAGUGUGCUGGCUUUUUAGCUAAACCUCGAUGUCAUCAUACUGCUGUCUUUUUGGCCAACACUUUAUAUAUUAUUGGUGGUUUUCGUAAUGGAAGUUCUUUAUGGAUUGAAGACAUUUGUGCUGAAGUUUUAUCAUUUAAUCAUGCUAAUAGAAGGUGGAAAAUGAAGCCUUCAAUGAAUCAUGACAGAGCAUUUCAUUCAUCUGUCAUAGUUGAUAGUAAGAUUUUUGUCAUUGGUGGCCGAAACUCAUUUGGAGAUAUUCUUUCUUCUGUGGAAGUUUUCAUUGAAGAAGAUAAUAGUUGGCAAGAAUGUCAAUCAUUGCCUUAUCCUGUUCUUAGUGCUGCUGUCACUGUUAUAGGCAAUUUUAUUUACAUUUUUGGUGGAAUCACAAUUGGAGAAAACAGUGAAAUUAUUUCUACUCAUACUCUAGUGUUUGAUCCGAAAUUAAAUAGUUGGUUCUUUGGAGCAGAAUUACAAAUUCCGUGUGCAUGUUCCGGAGCAGCAAACUUUUUAAAUCAUGCCUUUUUGCUUGGAGGUUUAAUAGAAGAAAGAGACAAUCUACAAAGCAUUCAAGAGAUUUUACAGUUAGAUAUAUUUUCUCAGACAUGGUCAGAGCUUGGAAAGCUUUCCGUUCCUAGACAUUCUCCAGUUACAGUUCAGAUUGGUUCUAAUAUAUAUGUUAUUGGGGGAUUCAGCACUCAAGAAGACAAAGCUGUUGCUAUUUGUGAAGUUUUAAAUAUAUCUGACGGGACUGUAACCCCUAUUGCGCCUUUGCCUCACCCAAUCAGUGGAAUGGCGGGAAUCAUCUUACCAUCAACAAUCACAAUAAGUGAAAAGGUGUUAUAACAUCAUUUUUAUUAUUUCCUGAAACACAUUCAUAUUCAUUUUUGUACUAUUUUUCCCAUUUGUUUCACUGAACCUAAUAAAGAAUA